AACAAAAGUCCAGAAUGCUAAGGCUGCCACUCUCACUUCCUCUUGCACCUUGCCCAGCUCUGCUUUGAGUACAAUAAUUUCUGUGGGGCACCAAGCUGCGGAGAGAAGCCACUGGUGCCUCAGAGCUGCCUGGUCAGGCUACUACAGCCUGUCAUGCUUUCAAAGGGCCACUGCUGGUCACAGAAAUGCUGGGAUGAUGCCCUUUUCACACCUUGCUGGGACUCUGAUACCAGCCAUGACUUUCCUUUCCUACCUGAGACCCGAGAGCUGGGAGCCCUGCGUAGAGGUGGUUCCUAACAUUUCUUACCAAUGCAUGGAGGUGAAUCUCUACAAAAUACCCGACAACAUCCCCUCAUCAGCCAAGAAUCUGGACCUGAGCUUUAAUCCCCUGAGGCAUUUAGGCAGCCAUAGCUUCUCCAACUUUCCAGAACUGCGUGUGCUGGAUUUAUCCAGGUGUGAAAUUCAGACAAUUGAAGAUAAUGCAUAUCAGGGACUAAACCAUCUCUUCACCUUGAAAUUGACGGGAAACCCUAUUCAGCAUUUAGCCUUGGGAGCCUUCGCUGGACUAUCAAGUUUGCAGAAGCUGGUGGCUGUGGAGAUAAACCUAACCUCCCUAGAGGACUUCCCCAUUGGACAUCUUAAAACUUUGAAGGAGCUUAACGUAGCUCACAAUUCUAUCCAUUCCUUUAAAUUACCUGAAUAUUUUUCUAACCUGACCAACCUGGAACACUUGGACCUUUCCAAUAACCGGAUCCAAAAUAUUUAUCAUAAAGACUUGCAGAUUCUACAUCAAAUUCCUCUACUCAGUCUCUCUUUAGACCUGUCCCUGAACAUGAUAGACUUUAUCCAACCAGGAGCCUUCAAAGGAAUUAGGCUUCAUAAACUGACUUUGAGAAGUAAUUUUGAUAAAAUGAAUGUAAUGAAAACGUGUAUUCAAGCUCUGGCUGGUUUAGAAGUCCAUCAGCUGGUCCUGGGAGAAUUUAAAAAUGAAAGGAACUUGGACAGGUUUGACAAAUCUGCCCUGGAGGGACUAUGCAAUUUGACCAUUGAAGAAUUCCAGAUAGCAUACUUGGAAGACUUCUCAUCGAAUGAUAUUGGUGUAUUUAAUUGCUUGGCAAAUGUUUCUGCAGUUUCUCUGGUGGAUCUGUGGCUAAACAAGUUAGAAAGUCUUCCUAAAGAUUUCAGAUGGCAAUCCUUAGAAUUGGUUAACUGUAGAUUUGAACAAUUUCCCGCAUUGGCACUCCCCUCUCUGAAAACGUUUGUUUUAACGGCCAAUAGAGAUAGUAAGACUGUUGUAGAUUUUGAACUACCAAGCCUUGAGUUUCUAGAUCUCAGUGGAAAUGGUUUGAAUUUCAGAAGCUGCUGUUCUCAUUCUGAUUUUGGGACAACCAGGCUGAAGUAUCUAGAUAUGAGCUUCAAUAAUAUUAUUGUCAUGGGUUCAAACUUCCUGGGCUUGGAACAACUAGAACAUCUGGAUUUCCGAAGUUCCACCUUGAAACAGGCCAAUGAUUUUUCAAUAUUCCUAUCACUCACAAAACUACUUUACCUUGACAUUUCUCACACCCAUACUCGAGUCGUCUUCCACGGCAUCUUUCAUGGCUUGUACAGCCUCAAAGUCUUGAAAAUGGCUGGCAAUUCUUUUCGGGACAACUUCCUUCCAGCUAUCUUCACAGACCUGACUAACUUGACUUUCUUGGACCUCUCUCAUUGCAAAGUAGAACAGGUGUCCCAGGGAGCUUUUGACUCACUCCUCAGACUUCAGGUGAUAAAUAUGAGUUACAACAACCUCCUGUUGUUGGAUAUACUUCCCUUUAAAUAUCUCCACUCCCUUCAGGUUCUGGACUAUAGUUUCAAUCAUAUAGUGGCCCCCAAGGUACAAAAACUACAGCAUCUUCCAAGUAACCUAACUCUCUUAAAUCUUACCCAGAAUGACUUUGCUUGUGUUUGCGAGCACCAGAGUUUCCUGCAGUGGGUCAAGGACCAGAGGUGGCUCUUGGUGGAAGUUGAACAAAUGAUGUGUGCGACACCUUUAGAUAUGCAGGGCAUGCCUGUGCUGAGUUUUAGGAAUACCACCUGUCAGAUGAACAAGAUCAUCAUCAGUGUGUCAGUUCUCAGUGUGCUCGUCGUAUCUCUGACAGUAGUUUUGGUCUAUAAGUUCUAUUUCCAUCUGAUGCUUCUUGCAGGAUGCAAAAGGUUCGGUGGUGAUGAAUGCACCUAUGAUGCCUUUGUUAUCUACUCUAGCCAGGAUGAGGACUGGGUGAGGAAUGAGCUGGUAAAGAACCUGGAAGAGGGAGUACCCCCCUUUCAGCUCUGCCUUCACUACAGAGACUUUAUCCCUGGUGUAGCCAUCGCCGCCAACAUCAUCCAGGAAGGUUUCCACAAAAGCCGGAAGGUUAUUGUCGUGGUAUCUCAGCACUUCAUCCAGAGCCGCUGGUGUAUCUUUGAGUAUGAGAUUGCCCAGACCUGGCAGUUUCUGAGCAGUCGCGCUGGCAUCAUCUUCAUCAUCCUGCAGAAGGUGGAGAAGUCCCUGCUCCGGCAGCAGAUGGAGCUGUACCGCCUUCUCAACAGGAACACCUACCUGGAGUGGGAGGACAGUGUCCUGGGGAAGCACAUCUUCUGGAGACGACUCAGAAAAGCCCUGCUAGCUGGUAAACCACAGAGUCCAGAAGGAGCAGCAGAUGCAGAGAACAACUAGCUUAAAGCAACAACUCCCACCUGAGGUGAAGAAACUCCUGUGACACUUUCCCACCCAGCUGAGCUCAACACUUAUUCAGCUAGCACUCCCGCCAACUCCUGCAAAAAACAAAACACUGCCAUUGAGGUGAUUCUGGCUCAUAGUGACCCUAUAGGACAGAGUAGCACUGCCCCACAGGGUUUCCAAGGAUGUAAAUCUUUACAGAAGCAGACUGCCACAUCUUUUGUCCACAUUCAGCUAACAAGCAUAUUAAAUGCUGCAACAUACCAGUCGCUGUUCUAAGCGCCGAUGACUCAGUGGUGUGCAAGAUAACACACACAGGCUGCUCAUCUCAUGGAGCUUACAGUGCAGAGGGAAUAGCUACCAGUGUUAAAACACAGAGCCUUCUAGACUGGUGUUUUAGGCAACUCAACUAAGGAGUCCAUGACAGAUAAUUUCAACUCAACUCAGCCCACCAAAUCAACUUAGAACUAAGAGUGAAAGCAGAAAAGAACACUAUUCUUUUCCUGAGCAUUUGAAUAGAAACUACCUCAUGUAUUAUGUUUUGUUGUUGUUAGCUCCUGUUGAGUCAACCCUCAACUCAUGGUGACCCCAAGUGCUACAGAUCAGAACUGCUCUAUAGGGUUUUCUUGGCUGUAAUCUUUACAGAAGCAGUGCACCAGGCCUUUCUUCCAUGGAGCAGGUGAGUGGGCUCGAACCAACAACCCUUAGGUUAGCAGCCGAUUGAAAACUGCUUACGCCCCCCAGGCUCAUAACAUAUUUAAGCCACCUUAAAACAAAACAUUUUUGGUGGUUUCAAUGGAAACUUUUCCCUUUUCUACCGAAUGCAGUUUAAAUUCUACUUGAUGAUUCCAAAGGCACCUGAUUCAGGAUCUUCCUUCCACUUCAAGGCAGUUUUCUUCCAAAGGUAGAACUCUUGUAACUAAUUCCUGAGGAAUUACAAACACUCACAAAUUUACGAACAUCCUAGUCAUUCCUUAGCACGUUGUAUUUAUUAAUUUAAAAUCUGGUAUAUAUUUUGUCUUUAUUAAUCCCGUUCUCAUUUUUUAUAUCUUCUCUACACUCCCAUAUCAUAAAUAAGGCUGUUGGGGAUGUGCUGGAAAUAUCUAUAUUUAACCAUGAUUUUUUUAAGCAAAUAUAAAAAAUACACUGUCACUUUCUGUCAUUCAAUGUCAUUCAAAAGCUGUACACCGGUAAAAAGUUGAAUUUACAAAAAUUGUGUGAUAAGUAUAUUUACAACAAUGCCAAAAAAUAAAAUAAAAAAGAGAGAGAGAGUAGCUGUUGAGGCUGCUUAUGUACAACCAAACACCUCAUGGGAUUUGGUUCCUCAGUUUGGAGAGUCAG